CGGGAAGUGGGAAAGUAGGGCAGGGCGGGCAAAAGCUGACAACUACGCAGCACACUAGCACUGAACUGCAGCUCCUGCUUGACGAAUCACACAACACAGCAAUAUGCGUGAGAUUGUUCACUUGCAAGCCGGCCAAUGUGGUAAUCAAAUUGGAGCAAAGUUUUGGGAAGUGAUCAGUGACGAGCAUGGCAUUGACCCAACUGGAUCCUACCAAGGAGACCAUGACCUCCAACUGGAACGUAUUAAUGUCUACUACAAUGAGGCUUCAGGAGGAACGUAUGUCCCAAGGGCGGUCUUGGUGGAUUUGGAGCCAGGCACCAUGGACUCUGUCCGGUCCGGCCCAUUUGGAAAGAUAUUUAGACCGGACAACUUUGUCUUUGGCCAGAGUGGAGCAGGAAAUAACUGGGCCAAAGGUCACUACACUGAAGGAGCCGAGCUGGUGGACUCGGUUAUGGAUGUGGUAAGGAAGGAGGCCGAGGGAUGCGACUGCCUUCAGGGGUUCCAGCUGACGCAUUCUUUGGGUGGUGGUACUGGAUCUGGGAUGGGAACUCUGCUCAUCAGCAAGAUCCGUGAGGAGUACCCGGACCGCAUCAUGACCACCUUCAGUGUGGUGCCCUCUCCGAAGGUGUCCGACACAGUAGUGGAGCCCUACAACGCCACCCUCUCGGUCCACCAGCUUGUUGAGAACACAGACGAGACCUUCUGCAUUGACAACGAAGCCUUGUACGACAUCUGCUUCCGUACCCUCAAGCUGACCACACCCACUUACGGAGACCUCAACCACCUGGUUUCUGCCACCAUGAGUGGUGUGACAACCUGCUUGCGUUUUCCCGGGCAGCUGAACGCGGACCUCCGUAAACUGGCCGUCAACAUGGUGCCGUUCCCUCGUUUGCACUUCUUUAUGCCGGGCUUCGCUCCGCUCACCAGCAGGGGAAGCACACAGUACAGAGCCCUCACUGUGCCCGAACUAACUCUGCAGAUGUUUGAUGCCAAAAAUAUGAUGGCUGCUUGUGACCCCCGCCACGGGCGCUACCUCACCGUAGCUGCCAUAUUUCGCGGCCGCAUGUCCAUGAAGGAGGUGGAUGAGCAGAUGCUGAACGUGCAAAACAAGAACAGUAGCUACUUCGUCGAGUGGAUCCCCAACAACGUCAAAACGGCCGUUUGCGACAUCCCGCCGCGCGGCCUAAAGAUGUCCUCCACCUUCAUCGGUAACAGCACUGCCAUCCAGGAGCUGUUCAAGCGGAUCUCUGAGCAGUUCACUGCUAUGUUCCGCCGAAAGGCUUUUCUCCACUGGUACACGGGCGAGGGCAUGGAUGAAAUGGAGUUCACUGAGGCGGAAAGCAACAUGAAUGAUUUGGUGUCAGAGUACCAGCAAUACCAGGAAGCCACCGCUGAGGAGGAAGAUUUUGAAGAGGAGGAGGAGGAGGAGUUGGCCUAAGACUUCUCAGAAUUCACUGCCUGCAUGCGGUUCCUGUAACCUCUGCAUGAUCACUCCUGCCUCUUCUCUCCAUCAGCAACUGUAGACCUUUGCCCAAUUCUUUUAGUCAUCGGUGGGUUCACUGGUCUCUACCUAACAACAGUGGCCACAUAGAGGUCUGUCAGACUCAUCAACUUUUUGGUAAUGUUUCUUUUGUUCACGACACAGUUUUACAUUUCUGCCAUAUGCAGUGCAUUAAGCUUUAAUUCAUUUGUUUCAUUUGGUAUUUGACUUCAAUAAAUGUAUUGGUAAGCA